CUCAGAGGGUCACCUGACCGCGUCGACCAGAGUCAUGCGCGUGGUCUGAUGAGGUCGCGACGUGUCACGUCACUCACCGCUCAUCUCCGACUGCAUCUCCUUUUCGACAAUGCCCGUCCGCACCAGACGCUUUCGACAGAACCACCCCAGCGAAGCACUGAGCCAUUCGAGGCUCGAGGCUCUUCCCGUAGAGCUCAAGCUCAUCAUAUAUCAUCACCUUCCCAAGUCUGACCUUCUUAUCUUGAGUCACGUUUCGAAAUCAUGGCGCGUGAUGGUGUUGGAGGAUUCGCGAUGGGAGCGGUGGUUUGAGCUGCUCCAAGAUCAUGACGAGUGGCUGGGAACUGGGAAGGAUCUGCGAUCAUUCGUAAAUGAUACAAUCUCCAAACGCGACAUCGUGACCGUGUGCUUUGACUAUAGAUGCUCUCUCUGCUCUGCACCGACUCCUAACAUCCAUAUACCUCUACUUCAGCGUAUUUGCCAAGCUUGCCUCAUCCCGGAAAUGCAUUCGCUCGUUCCUCUCUCGCAUGCACUCGCUUAUCAUGAUCUGAAGUCUCGCGAAGCUGGUAUGCUUCCACUUGUUAUUCGAGGGCAGACGACCUUUGUAUCGCGAAUGAGUGUGCAACGAUGCGCUCUGAAGAGACACGGCGGAUCGCCUAGUGCGUUCGAAGAGUACUUGGCAGCACGUCAUUGUCGUAUCCGUGUCGCUUACGAGGCUCGUGCGAGCGACUAUGACGGCGCUGUGGACAAGCGAGCCCGAUUGCUUGCAGAGGGAAAGGUCGUCGAGGCGUCAGCUGUGAGACUCGAGAAUGGGAAUCAGAUUCCCAAGACCAGACCGGCGGUGCCUGCCGCGUUGCUGAUGACCAAUGCAUCUGAAUCGCUUCCUGUGAGCUCAGGUGUCACACGCGCCCAGUAUCUGACGGUGGAGCCCGAGGGAAGUUGCAUCGCCGGAGAUAUGGAAAUAUGUGCCCCUCUUCGACUGCAGGCUCUGCGAAUGGUGCAGUGCGAGAUCUGUCUCAUCAUCGAAGGGAUCUGCAGUGGAGAUGAGGCGAGCGAUUCUGUGAAGUAUAUGCUCUCGACUCGGCUGUCCUUGCACGAGCAGUUUGCGCACUACGCCGUGCGGAGUGAUUGGUGCAUGGGUGCUCCUACCGGAGGCGGGAUGUGCAAAUCUUGCGUAAACGCCUACGCGAUCGAGGUCAAGGAGCGCACUGAUGGGGAGAGGAUGGGUCGGUUGAGAGAAGAAAGCCAUAGUAGUCACGACGAUGUGGAGUGAAUCAACGCUUUCUUCUCUUGCACCGUGCAAAAUGUUUCGUCCGCUGUCUUUGAUAGGAUACGCUCUCUCAAGUAAUUGCAGCCAUGUCGCUGCGUCUCCUACGCUUCCAUACACGAUCCAUUCCAUUAGUAUUUAGAGGAAUUUUCAUUAUUGAGACAGCAAUUCAGAGACCAGUCAUUCGACCUCAUUCAAGAGUCUCCAAGGAGAUCUUUCUGUUCUGGCUUCUCAUUGGUCACACGAUUCUGGCAACAUUUCGAGGAAGAUAGGCACUGGAUUAGUUUAUCAUGAAAUUUGAGAGACCGACUAUUCCCUCAGUCAAGACGGUGUCAUGAAAUAAGAUCAGCGUUGAUCUCCCAUUUAGAUUUAAUCCCGUCGGUUACGGACACCUUUCAAGAAUUGCGACCCUUGCCCUUCCUCCCGAACUUCAAUCCUUCGCACAUCGGAGAACUCCGAUCAACCAUCAUAGCAACACCACACAAAGGCAUGUCCAAAUGUAGCAACUUUUCCAAAAUGGCAACUUUUGGAUUGGCUCUGGCGGGAGGAUUGGUUCCCUGCGCGCACUUUUGAGCAGCCCCCGUUCCGGUCACGAUCCUUAUUAUGUGCUUGCGUUGGCGAACGCUUGUCCAACAACUUCCUCUGUUCUUUCCCCCCACUCACCACAUCUAAACUCUCCCCACCGACGCACAAGAUGCCUCCCGCAUUGCAACCGAGACAAACGCGGCACGCGCGCGAGAAUGCUGCCCCGUUCCCUGCGUCAUCCUCCGCACAGAAACCAUCGACCACCUUCACCAAAUCUCAUCAGUACUCCUCCUCGUCAUUCCACGACCGACUGCGGGCGGGUCUCCGGGAUCGGGAUCCGGAAAGAGCGAAGCGGGUCAAGGCGGCGAGGGAGAGGAAGGCGACACGGAAGGCAGCAAAGGAUGCGGCGGGCAAAGACGGAAAGGGGAAGAAGAAGAACAGAACGAAGCCAGCUGUGUUGGAGUUCGACUUACCUCCAGGGCCUGCUGACGUCGACGCUGAGGACACGGCCGCCUCCAGUAGUAAAAUACGGUCGUUCCAUCUGCCACGAUUCUUGGCCCGGCGUGACAUAGCGGAAGAUGAACUGGGCGUGAAUGCGGAACUGCUGCUCAGCGUUGCACCCGAGUUCGCCAGUGAGGGAACGGAAGGCACGACUCUUGAGCCAGGGCAGUUGGCAUAUAUUCGAGAUGUGAUGAAGGAACUUGGACCGGGGCUUCUCCGGACAGUUGCUAGUGCAAGUGUUGAAGAUAUGUCCAAAACGACCCUAGUGCCGGACAUGGUCCUACGUCUUAACGAUCAGGGCUCAGACUACCCGCCACCAACGGUGCUGUUGGCUGUCUAUCGGACGCCAUCCACAUCACCAUCGACGACGGCGACGCAAGUCGUUUUACUUCCCGCACAUACCAACGUUCUUGCACUGUACUGCUCGCGGAUCCCCACACUACCACCGACGCCGCCUGUCCCGGCGCACGUCGUCGACUCUGAGAGCGGAACACUAGAUCCAUCGCGGGUGCGGGUGCCCGUCCAGCCCCUCCGCCUACCAUCGCCGUCGACUUUUCCCCAAUUGCUAUCAUUCCUCUACACCAAACGCGCCGACAACCUGUCCAAAGCUCUCCUGCCGCCUGGACCGAUGUCCGCCACUGUCAAUGCGGCAAGCAGCACUCGGGCGCAGGCUACGCUGCUCGCACAGACGUAUACGUCGCAGGCACUGCUAAAGCAUGCCAUGGAUGUCCACGGGCUGUGGAGCAAUGCGACUGUACUCGGGAUCGAUGACGACCCGCUCUGGGAAGUCAUCGAAAAUACGUGGGAGAUCCUGAUGUGGUCUUUGGCACUGAGCGUUGGACGGCCGGGGAUCAUGGCGGUAUCGGAGGAUGUCCCACCUGAAGCUAGUGCAGAUGGCAAGGUCGGGCAAUCGAGUCGAGGGGAGUAG